AUGGAGGACCCGUUACUUCCAGCUCCAGUUGAUCUCGGUACUGAUGGUUAUCAGCUGGCCGAGGGUGAAGAACGCUCUAUGAUAGAACCUCAGUCAAAAGAACAUCCAUUAGUUCAUGAUUUAUCAUGCUCACUUAUUGAAUGGAUUAAUACUGAACUUGUAGAUGAUAGAAUUUUAGUACGUGAUCUAGAAGCAGACUUAUUUGAUGGACAAGUAUUGCAAAAAUUAAUUGAAAAAUUGCUAAAUAUUAAAAUUAAUCAUCCAGAAGUAGCGCAGACUGAAAUAGGCCAAAAACAACGUUUAAAAAUUGUAAUUGAUGAAAUCAAUGGUGCUUUAGGCAUAUCACCUGUUCGUGCUGCCCAACUAUGGCCUGUUUCUGCCGUGUAUAAUCGGGAUUUAGUGGCUAUACUACGUUUAUUGGUGGCAUUAGUUCAUAAAUUUUCUCCAGCCAUAAUUCUACCACGUAAAGUUCAACUAACUGUUUUAAUAGUUCGGAAAAUCAAUGGUAUUUUACAACAUAGACGUCAAAUUGAACUAGUUACUGAUGUUGGAGAUGAACAAGAUAAUACAGAAACUGAUCAUGAUGCUAUAAGUGCAUUGGUCGAUUGUGCCAUACCAGAACAAUUGGCUUCAUUUCAACAAACUUUAAAAACAUUUGUAAAUCGUAAUUUGAAUAAACUGAAUCUGCAUGUUACUGAUUUAGAAAAUGAAAUGAGUGAUGGUGUCUACUUCAUUUUAUUACUUGGUUUACUUGGCAACUAUUUUGUUCCACUGCAUGCUUAUCAUAUCACACCAACAACAGACGCUCAAAAGUUGGCUAAUCUUCAAGUAGCUUUUCAAUUAGCUCAUGAUGUUGAAGGUAUUGACUUGGAAUAUAAUCAACCUGAAAAUGUAUUACGCCACGAUUUAAAAGCAACAUUACGUUUAUUAUAUACAUUAUAUACUCGAUAUGGUGAUAUUCAAUAA